AUGUCACGCGUCUGGGUCGGUCUUAAUCGGGCCGUUGCUUUUCUUCUUCUUUCCACCAUCUUCUAUUCAACCAAAGAUGGGCUCGGGGUAAGCGUUAGGAAAGUAUACCGGUGCUUCGUGGCCCCGUUCAAAAAUUUUCUGACCUUGGCGGAUCUGGUGGAUCCCAUCGGGGAGCCUGCUAUACCAUCUGUUCCACUGUCCCGUGCUCUGUCUACUCUUGCGUGUCUUCAAGCUUUUGGCUGGCUGGGCUGUCUUGUAUAUGCCCUAGUCCUCAACGAUCCUUCACUUUCCUCAACGUCUCUCUUAGCCGCGUUUUCUUGGUGUUAUAUUUUAUGCAGAACUGCUGUCUUGCUCCCUGUUACACCGCCUUAUCUUUCGGUCCUCUACGCCUUUCUUCAGGCUUUCACGUCACUCGCAAGGCUCAGCGUGGAAAUCACGAAGGCUUAUGAUGGUAGAGUAGUAGUGCUUAAUUCAUUCUGCUUGAUUACAGCAAGCCUUUUUGUGUAUAUUGCGGGCACUCUGCCUGUGCAGCGAGUGCGUCCUGCACUGAAUAUUGCCCAAUGCAAAGAUAUACCAUCUAUAUCGCUGUCCAUGCCCGAAGAUGAUGUGACACUAUGGAGUUGGUUCACGUUUUCAUUCAUUGAACCAAUCUUCAGCCUUGCCAAUGCUCGGACCCUGAACGAAAGUGAUGUAUGGAGUUUAUCGCCUUAUUUCCGGCAUAAGAAUCUCUUCAAUAAAUACCUUGAAUACAAUAAACGAUAUCCUAAUCACUCCUUGAUCCGAUUUUUGGUUGUGUCUAAUUCUCUUGACCUGAUCCUGGAUGUUGUCCUGGAAUUGUGGAGUGCUAUUGUUGGUUUCCUUCCGGCAUAUGCUCUUCAGGAAAUCCUGUCGGCCUUAGCGAAAGACAGUCCGGACUGGAACCUGUUCCAAGGCUGGCAUACUAGAAGGUGCUAUGAACGGACUCGUGGACAACUAUUCUGUGCUUUGCAUUACAAAUCACUGAGAAGACAGAACGUUGAAGGUCAAGUGAAGCACGAAGGCUCCGAGAAAGAAGACGGUGCACAUCUUGGUAAAAUAGUCAAUUUAAUGCAAGGCGACGCGUAUGCUGUGUCUCAAAGAUUUUGGGAAUUCUCUAGGAUAAUCACAUCGCCAAUUCGUUUGGUCAUUGCGCUCGUGUUCCUUUACAAAUCAGUGUCAUGGGAUGGGCAAGCGCUUUCAGGCGUGGUCGUUGUUCUCGUCGCAUACGUGUUUAACUAUCCGCUCGCUACUUAUAACAUAUCGAUCACCAGAGCAUCUUGGAAGGCAAAAGACGCCAGGAUGGGUAUCGUAAACGAGCUUCUGCAGAAUAUAAGAUUCUUGAAGUUCUACGGAUGGGAGUACUAUUGGUCAUCAAAGACGGAACAGGCGCGCGAAACGGAGCUCAAGUGGCGUGUUAAAGAGAAUAUUGUGGCCACCUUGAUUUCUUUCAUUUGGACAUGGAUGCCCUCGGCAACUGCGCUGACGACCUUCCUUUGCUAUACCUUAAUAGCAGGUCAACGUCUGACAGUUUCGAAGGCAUUCACUGCCAUUGCACUUUUUUCACAGCUUCAGGGGCCCAUGACUUCACUACCGGGCCAGAUUUUUGCCAUACUUCACGCUUAUGUGUCCAUGCAGCGCAUUGAAAAGUUCUUGGAGGAGGAGGAGGUACCUGAAUGGGCAUCAACCUUGUCUGGCUCUUCUCCUGAAAACGCCGGACAUGUCGGAUUCUUGGAAGCUAUGUUCGAGUGGGGAGCUGCUCCAAAGAUGCCCACAUCCUUAUCUCAGUUUCAACUGGGACCACUGAAUGUGAUUUUUCCGGCCGCCAAACUGACGGUAAUAAGCGGUCCAACAGGAAGUGGUAAAAGCGCGGUGCUAUCUGCUCUGCUAGGAGAGAUGCACUGCUUGUCUGGCAAAGUGUUCUUGGACAAGCAUUUCCAUCAAGUAGCUUACUGCGCCCAGAAUCCAUGGCUAGAACAUGCUACUAUUCGCGAUAAUAUCGUAUUUGGGUCAUCUUUUGGCUACAACGAAGAAAGAUACAACACUGUUGUGGAGGCCUGUGCAUUGGUUAAAGACCUGGAUGUCCUCGAGGCUGGUGACAUGACUGAAAUCGGAGAGAAAGGGAUAACGCUCAGUGGAGGCCAAAGAGCGAGAAUAGCCCUCGCUCGAGCUAUGUAUUCUGAAGCCAAGUUCAUUCUCCUUGACGAUCCGCUUGCAGCAGUGGAUAUGCACACCGCGCAGCAUCUCGUACAAAAUUGCUUAUCCGGAAACCUUGCGAUGGGUCGCACGAUCAUUCUAGUGACACAUCAUAUCGGUCUUUGCCUUCCGAUCACUUCCCAUAUCAUAGAGCUAUCCCACGGCAAAGUCCUCCAUCAGGGAUCUGUACAGGAGCUCGAAGAUCGAGGUAUUCUGCACAAAGUUAUCGAUAUGGAGGACCAGCCAUUUACCUCUGAUGAGAAUUUGGAACCAUCUGUGACAACAGCCGUGAACGAAGCGGACGAAAUCAAUAACGAUACUGAGCCGCAUAAAAUUCAGCACAAGUCCGGAAACGGGAAGCUCAUCCAAGCGGAAGCUCGAGCCGAGGGCCGUGUCUCUUUGAGAACAUAUCUGACAUACAUCCGAGCAGCAGGCGUUAUUUCUUGGAUACUAACGUUUUCUCUCAUGCUCCUGAUUCGCUCCAUUAACAUCGGCAAUCAGGUUUUCGUCUCUGCGUGGGGAGAGGCGUACGAAGAACACACCACCUUAAUCGCAUUCAUAACACACGUAGUAAACUCUAGCGUGAAAUAUCCUUGGAACGGAUUCCCUUCUCCAGAUACCAAUGUAAAGCCUUGGCUCAUGGUCUACUUCUAUAUUUCGAUGGCUGGAGCAUUUUCCGUCGUCUCCUACAUCUCCCUGGGUUACUAUGCGAGCUUGCAAGCCUCCCGUUCUCUCUUCUUAUCGCUACUCCGCCGAAUCACUCGCGCUCCGUCACGCUUCUUCGAUACUACGCCCAUAGGCCGGAUAUUGAAUCGAUUCACAAGCGAUAUCAACACUAUCGACGGGGCUUUGCAGAAUUCCGCGAGGCAAUGCCUCUCAGGGAUCCUCGAUUUUGUGGCAUCGUUCUUGGUAGUCCUUGUGGUCGUCCCAACCUUUGCGCCAUUUGCGUUGUUUAUCGCUUGGUUGUAUAUUCGCUUAGCACCGUCGUAUAUUAGGGCGUCGCGUGAUCUCAGGAGAUUGGAGUCAGUGUCGCUCUCGCCCGCUUUCGCAGGUUUCGAUGAACUUCUGAGAGGAAUAGUCCACGUCAGAGCGUUUGGGAUGGAGCAAAGGUAUCAGAAUGCAUUUUACGCCAAGGUUGACAGAUUUCAAACCUUUGACCACGUAUAUUGGCUAGUAAAUGGGUGGCUCAGAUGGAGAUACGACUGUCUCGGAUCUGUUGUUGUUUUCGCCACGACCGUCUUCGCGUUACGAAUGGGAGUGCGAAGUGGAGCUGCCGCCAUUGUCAUAGUCCAAGCUGGCAUCUUUGCCGAAGCCAGUCGACAGCUCGUCAGAGUUGCGGCACAGCUAGAAUUAGACUUUAAUAGCGUGGAACGUGUUGUCGAGUACCUCGACCUUCCGCAAGAGGCCCCUGCUAUCAUAGAGAAGUCGAGACCCCCGGCGUACUGGCCCUCAAACUCUGGAGCACUUGUUGUCGAGGAUCUUGUCGUCAAGUACGCGCCAGACCUGCCCGCAGUAUUGAAGAGUCUUUCUUUCACUAUUAAUCCGUCGGAGAAGAUUGGCGUGGUUGGGAGAACAGGGUCUGGUGAGCGGCGCAUUUGUAUGGGCCGAUCUAAGUCUUAUAAUACAUUCAGGAAAGUCUACGUUGGCACUUUCGCUUCUGCGUAUGGUCGAGCCGGCCGUAUAGACGGUAUUGAUAUCUCAACGAUUGGUCUUGAGGAUCUGAGGACCCGUAUUACCAUCGUCAGCCAGGACGUCUCGCUUUUCUCUGGCACAUUGCGUAGCAAUCUGGAUCCUCUAAAUCAGAAUACUUUCCAGGAAUGUAUGGAAGUCGUAGAAAGAUGUCAUAUGAUGGACGUUUUUCACCACACCACGACCGACUUCCUCGAUAUGCCCAUCAGCCAAGGAUCCUUGAGCGGAGGUGAAAGGCAGCUCGUGGCAUUGGCUCGGGCGAUGUUGAGGCGGACAAAUAUCAUUAUUAUGGACGAGGCAACGUCUCAGAUUGACUCGCAUCUAGACGAUCAGAUCCAGCGAACGAUCCGCGAAGAGCUUUCUAGCGCUAUCGUCAUAACUAUCGCUCACCGGCUGAAAACAAUCAUAGACUAUGAUCGUAUCCUUGUUCUAGACCAAUGUGAGAUUGUUGAAUUUGGGAGACCGAAGGAACUGUUGCAGCGGGUCGGGGGUGCGUUUAGAGAGAUGUGCAAGAGAAGUCCGGACUGGCAUACGUUGGUCAAACUGGUAGAAUGA